UAAAGAAAAGAAAAGGGAAACAAUAAGCAGCCUGACCUCCUUGAUAAAAGAAGAUGAUAAAAUAAGUGGCAGCCAUAGAUCAUAAAAUGGUGGCUACAGCCAUUUGUUCUGUGUCACCAUUUUCUCAAGCUGUUAAACUCCUGGAUCCUCCCCACUCUGACUCAAACCCAUCGAUCAAAAUAUUUGCAAAUAAAUCCAAUCUUCAUCGCACACAAAUUACAAGCACAAGAAGAAAAAUAUGCAACCGGGUGUUGAAAAGCAGCAGCAAUGAUGUAGUAACAAACGUUGUUGCGACAUCAGAAGUAGAGUUGGAGUUAGAAUCAGCUUCGAAUGUCGUGAGGAAGUUUUAUGGAGGAAUCAACGGCCGUGAUUUGUCGUCUGUUGAGCCUCUCAUUGCUGAUAACUGUGUUUAUGAGGACCUUAUCUUUCCUCACCCAUUCGUUGGUCGUAAGGCUAUCCUUGAAUUUUUCGAGAAAUUCAAUGAUUCUAUCAGUGAAGACCUUCAGUUUGUUAUUGAUGAUAUAUCUGCAGAGGACAGUAUAGCUGUUGGGGUUAUAUGGCACCUAGAGUGGAAGGGAAGGCCGUUUCCUUUCAGCAAGGGAUGCAGCUUUUAUAAGCUAGAAGUUGUGAAUGGUCAAAGAAAGAUAAUUUAUGGACGAGACAGUGUUGAACCUGCUAUUAAGCCCGGAGAGACAGCUCUGGUUGCCAUCAGAGGAGUUACCUGGCUGCUGCAGCAGUUUCCACAGUUAGCUGAACGAUUUUAACUGAAGCAGAUAAGGACUGUUUUUACAUAUGAAGAUUCUAUACUGGUGGUCAUUGUGAUAACCAACAAAUAUACCAAGUUUAACAACUAUCUUCACCAUCUUAUAUGCAUGAGUUGAUGAGUACAAAUGUGCUGUCAUUGUACAAUUCUAUAGAAAAGUAUUUUUGCACAGGACUAUCUGCACAGAGUGUUGGAUUUGUAUAUAAUAUAAUUUCUAUGUGUGGGACGAGUACUC